CAGCCAAACUUCCGGUGCCUGCAGAGCGCGGAGCGGCGGCCGCACAGAUAGAGGCUGCACGGGCAGAGGCUGCAGGGCGGACGCACGGCAGGGCGCAGCCAUGGUCAAGAUCAGCUUCCAGCCCGCCGUGGCCGGCAUCAAGGCCGACAAGGCCGAUAAGGCGUCGACCGCCGGGCCGGCCCCGGCCGCCGAGAUCCUGCUGACGCCCGCUCAGGAGGAGCGGCCCCCCCCACAGCGCUACCGGAAGGGGGGCUCCGUGGGCGGCGUGUGCUACCUGUCGAUGGGCAUGGUCGUGUUGCUUAUGGGCCUUGUGUUCGCCUCCGUCUACAUCUACAGAUACUUCUUCCUUGUGCAGCUGGCCCGAGACAACUUCUUCCACUGCGGGGUUCUCUACGAGGACUCCCUGUCCUCCCAGGUCCGCACACGGAUGGAGCUGGAGGAGGACGUGAAGAUCUACCUCGAAGAGAACUACGAGCGCAUCAACGUGCCAGUGCCCCAGUUUGGCGGCGGUGACCCCGCAGACAUCAUUCAUGACUUCCAGCGGGGGCUCACCGCCUACCAUGACAUCUCCCUGGACAAGUGCUAUGUUAUCGAGCUCAACACCACCAUCGUGCUGCCCCCCCGAAACUUCUGGGAGCUGCUCAUGAAUGUGAAGGUGAGCAGCACCCCUCACGGCAUCUUGCUGCUCCCCCCCCGUGGGCGCCAGGCCUGGGGCAAGGGAGGUUCCUGCGUUGGGGGUGUUGCUGUCAGCUGGGCCCAGCACCCCAGGUUGGUCCUCCGUCCUCCAUCUUCCUUCUCCCACAUCCAGGUCAGCGCCCCCCCCUUUUUUUUUAAGAUUUUAUUUAUUUAUUCGACAGAGAUAGAGACAGCCAGCGAGAGUCCCGAGACCAGCUUCCUCAGCCCCCUAGGCCGUGCCCCACGUGGCAAUGCAGGGAACCCCCCAACCAGCACUCCCCCUUGGGCGGGAGACCAGAUUCCCCCACAUGCAGCAUUGGGGCGCAACCAGAAACUGCUUGGGAGCAUUCAGAGGACGAGCCAUGGGGGCUGUGGAUGGGGGAGNCUUUACGUCCUUCUAAGAGCGUGGAUCAACAAGCGAGGGGCCAAGAACUGCAACGCCAUCCGCCACUUCGAGAACACCUUCGUGGUGGAGACCCUCAUCUGUGGGGUGGUGUGA